AUGCGGUCAAAAUCAAUGUUGGUGCUGCUUCCCGUGUUGAAACACUCUCAGGUGCAACAGCUGUCAAGGAAGAGAGCAAUGGACGUCCACAGGGCAGAGUCUCCCCAUACAGGAGCCGCUACUCUAGACCCCCGACGGGCCGAGGCCGCCAACAGGCACGUGAGGGCACUAAAUACCCAGUUUCUCUACUGGGUGCAAUCGCAGUUGCAAAACCAUCCAGCUGAACUUUGGGAGGAUGGCGUGAAAGAUUACUUAUCCCAUGCUUCUGAAAUAAUGGAAAAUUUCAAGGAUGUUGUCAAUUGGCUUAGGCAGAAUAAAUCAGGUACAACAGCUGUUUCAUCCCCAAGUCCAGCCAAUGAGGAGAAGACUACUAUGCCGGCAACUGUCAAUAGCAAGUUUAUGGUACAGCCAGGAUCAGAUAAUGGACAGAAGAGUCCAACUACAGGAGCCAGCUCCCUAGCUUUUCAGAACUCAAGCUCACCGAAUAUGUUCUCACUCCCUUCUCAGAAGAAAACGGCACCUUUUGGCGGCAUAUUUGAUAACAAGGACACUCCUGGCGACAGCAGCAAAUCGACUUUCCAGUUUGGUGGAAAUAACGCCUUUUCAACACCAACUAACACGCCUGGUGAUAGCAGCAAAUCGACUUUCCAGUUUGGUGGAAAUAACGGCUUUUCAACACCAACUACUCCGUCCAUUUUUUCUACCCCUGGUUCCAGUUUUAACAUGCCAACCUCAACACUGUUUUCAAUGAACCAGCAACCAAUUUUCACUGGAUCAGGAAACAACAAAGCUGCUGAAGCUUCAGCUGAUGCGGAUGAAGAUGCUGAAGCCGAGCAACCAAGCAGCCCUUCUGUAAAGAAAGCAGAAGAGAAAGGAAUAGUUGUUGUUCAUGAAGCCAAAUGCAAGGUGUAUGUGAAGCACGAUGAUGCUACCAAGGGUUGGAAAGACAUUGGUGUUGGUCAGCUCUCUAUCAGAUGUAAAGAGGGUGCAGAGAAAGCUUCGAAAGAGUCCACCCCAACAGUUGUUAUCAGAAAUGAUGUCGGCAAGAUUCUUCUGAAUGCUAUGAUCUACAAGGGGAUAAAAAUGAGUGUUCAAAAGAACACGGUUGCCUCGAUAUUUCACACUUCAGAUGCGCAGUCUGAAUCAGAUGGUGGCAAUGUUGUAGCUCGAACAUACUUACUCCGACUGAAAAACGAAGAGGCGGCUACAAACUUGUCAGCGGUGAUCAAAGAGAAUGCGCCGCUGGACUGA